AUGGCGUCCAGCCCGUCGGGGUCCUCGACGUCCUCCCUCAGCAACCCCUUUGUUGUCCCUGAACCCACGCCACUCGCUGUCGCUGCUGUCCAGCUCGUGAACAUCCGUGCACAUAUGCCGGUCAUCCUCAAGCACGACGACGCCAACUACAACACCUGGCGCACCUUCUUCGAGAUGGCGCUCCGCAAGUUUGGUCUGCUCGACCAUAUCGAUUACGCGAUCGUCUCCUGGCUCUAUACUUCGGUGUCCAAGGCGGUGAUGGACACUGUUGUUCAUCCUCACCUGAUGGCCUACUCGCUCUGGACGGCGAUCCACGGGCUUUUCCGCGACAAUGCCAUGAAGCAUGCAGUGUAUGCGCUGCAGGAGUUUCAUAGCCUCUACCAAGGUGAGAUGACGAUCAACGCCUGCUUCACCCGUCUCAAGACCCUCACCGACACGCUGAACGACGUCGGACACCCAAUCUCCGACCAGGCACUCGUCAUCAACGCGCUGCGUGGCCUGAACUCCAAAUUUAGCCAUGCCAUCGGCGUCCUCACCUCCAAGCUUUCGCCACCAACCUUCUUGUACACUCGCUCCUAUCCGAUACAGGAUGAGAACCGAAUGGAGCACACGGCCAAGAUGGAGGCCCGCGUUGCUCGCUGCGGCCUCUUCUUCCUCUGCAUCCUCGACUGGGUCUACGCCUACGUUGGCGUCCUCGGCAUCCGCUGCACACUCGACAUUUUUCCCGUCCAAGGCCAACAACAACAAUAA